UGGAGCUGCUAGUUGAGAAGUGGCGKAUAGAGUUCGCCACWCACAUAACGACUGGACAUAACCACAGAAUAUAAGGGGGAUAUUAUGUGGACAUAACCUAUCUAAUAUCUGCUUUUCAAAGCUGCAAGCAUAAAACUUGUCUUCAUCUAUGAAUCAAAUAAUCUUCGUAUAUCAUGGAAGUCCUAAACUCAAACUCGGCUAGUUUAACCAACUAUGAGGUAUUGAAGCAUUUACAAAAAAUCAAAGAUGCUAAGAAAAAGCACAAAGGUCAGCUUGCAACAAUUACAUACGAGACUUUACAUUAUUUAGAGGAAACCCCAUGUAAAAGUCAGACACCAACAAACCUGUCGGAGUGUAUAAGAGAGCUAGAGCCAUUUAAUUUGAAUAAGAAUGAAUUAGUAAUGAUUAUGAAUACACCGCCCACCACACCUCUGGAAAUUCAGCUGAUGAUUGAGGAGAGCGAAGAAAGAUUAACAGAAGAACAAGUGCAAGAGUUAUUAACUAUACUGGAACGAUAUUUUCCUAAGGUGGAACCAAAGAACACUGUUGAGGGGGAGGUAGAUGCAAACUCAAGUUAAAGGAAUUGCUCUUCAAAUAUUGUAUUUAAAGAUUAAUAUGAACGUUUCACAAACAAAAUAGUGCGUCUAUCGCUUUUGAUCUCCUAAAUCCUCUAUAAAAUCUUCAUCUAUCUGUAAUAAAGAAAGUAUGUUAGUUACGAUAUACCUUUUAAACACACAUUCUGUUCACCUCGGCCCAUUUCUCUGGGAUAACAUCAAAUAAAUCGUCCUUCACAUCA